UUAGCAGGUUGCUAGCUGAGCACGGACGCUACAGUGCGGCUUCCAGGGGAUGUCCCACCCUUUCUAAGACACGUUGAGGACUCUGUGGCUUCUAGCGGCAACAAACGAGCAGGACUAACCCCCAAACUUUGGCAACAUGACGACGCGGUCGGAGAGAGAAAAAGCCCAGAAACUGAAUGAGCAGCAUCAGGCCAUCCUGUCUAAACUGCUGAGGGAAGAAGACAACAAGUACUGCGCUGACUGUGAGGCGAAAGGUCCUCGAUGGGCAUCAUGGAACCUUGGGGUGUUCAUGUGUAUCCGCUGUGCUGGCAUCCACCGCAACCUGGGUGUCCACAUCUCCAGAGUCAAAUCUGUCAAUCUGGACCAGUGGACACCUGAGCAGAUCCAGAGUAUGGUGGACAUGGGCAACACCAGGGCCAGACAGCUGUAUGAAGCCCACCUACCAGAGAGCUUCAGACGGCCACAGACAGACCAAGCAGUGGAGGUCUUCAUCCGGGACAAGUACGAGAGGAAAAAGUACUACAACAAGGAGGCCCUGGCUGCAGCUCCACCCAAGUCCUCUGAAGCUGCUCCUCCCUCCACCUCACCGUCCUCCCAGGCUGACAGGAGCAGACAGGAGAAAGAACGUGAAAAGAAAAAAGAGGAGAAGAAGAAAGAGAAGGACUCUGAUAAAGUGGAGAGACACAGCAACACAAAGCAGUCAGAGAGUAAAGCCACUUCCAAGGAAAGCACAGAGCCGGCUGUGGACCUGCUGGGCCUGGAUGCUCCAGAAGGUGGUGGGAGGGGCUCGAGUGGUGCCGCACCAAUCGGUGAUGAACUGGACAUCUUUGGACCAAUGGUCUCCAACCCUCUCCCCUCUUCCAACACCACACAGCAGUCUGGUUCCAGUACAGCACCUCCACAGGCGGACCCCUCUACCUCCUCCUCCGCCUCCUCCUCUACCUCCACCACUACCACCACCAAGGCAGAGGAGAAGAAGCUUUUAUCUAAGGACUCCAUCCUGUCUCUGUACGCCAGCAGCUCAGUGGCCAGUCAGCCACAGAGCCAGCAGCAGCCGGUUCCAGGACAAGGAAUGUACGUGGGUCAGCCUCAGAUGCAGUUCACUCCGCAGGGUUUUGCUCAAGGGAUGAGCGGAGCCGUCCCACCAACCACCAUUAUGGGUGGAGGGGCCAUGAUGUCCGGCAUGGCAAUGCCCAAUGGCGGCUACAUGGGAAUGCAGCAGCAGGGAGGGAUGCCAGCCAACCAAGGACAGAACAUGUACAGCAUGCAGCAAGGACAGCAGCAAGGACAGUGGAAUAUGAGCCAGUACAAGAGAAGCACAGUUAGUCUGCAGCAAAUAAACCUGGAUGACCAAUCAGAGGGCUAG